GUGGACAAGAUGGCCAGUCUCUACAACAUACAUGUCCGCACAGGUUGCUUCUGUAAUACAGGAGCCUGUCAGAUGCAUUUGGGUAUAAGCAAUGAGGACAUCCAAAAGAACCUGCAGGCAGGUCAUGUCUGUGGAGACGAUAUAGACCUAGUUGAUGGACACCCCACUGGUUCUGUGAGAAUAUCCUUUGGCUACAUGUCUUCUUUUGAAGAUGCACAGAAUUUUUUGAAAUUCAUCAUAGCCAUCAGACUCUCCAAGUCAGACACUGAGAUUCGCUUCCAGUCCUCUCUUACAAAGCUGACAACAGAAUCUGUCCCAGGUGACCAGCCUGCCUUUGGCAAUGCAGAGAAAUUAUCUCCAGUACCACACAUCUUGGACAGAGAACUCAGAAAUAAUUCGUCUGUGACAAUGACAACUGUCAACUGGCAGCCGCCGGAGGAUGAGGCAGAAAGCAUGAGGGCAGCUGUUUCUGAGACCGCAGUACCACCAUGUAGACAAGGUGGCAAGCCCAUCACGGUCAUCAACAUUUACAUCUACCCGAUCAAAUCCUGCUCUGCAUUUGAGGUUACAGAAUGGCCAGUGGGAAACCAGGGCUUGCUGUAUGAUCGUAACUGGAUGGUUGUAAACGAGAAUGGAGUCUGCAUGACUCAGAAGCAGGAGCCAAGGUUGUGUCUUGUAAAUCCCUCUAUUGAUCUGAAGAAAAAGGUUAUGGUCAUCCAGGCAGAAGGCAUGGACCCAAUAUCUGUAUCACUAGAAGAAAAUACUGGAAAAGAGGCUGUGAUCUGUGAGAGUAAAGUCUGUUCACACAGGGUAAAAACAUAUGACUGUGGAGAAAGAAUUGCUGACUGGUUCUCACUGUUUCUUGGUCGUCCAUGUCGCUUGAUAAGACAAAGUUCAGACACAAAAAACAAGUCGCAUCAGAAAAAUACAAAAGGUCUGGCACCUGCUACAAACAUCUCACUCUCUUUUGUGAAUGAAGCACAAUACCUCCUGAUAAAUGUAGCAAGCCUUCUGCAGCUGAAAGAACAUAUUUCUGCAAGAUUGGAAGAGCCAUUGGAAAUAGAAGAAUUAAUCCGCCGUUUCCGUGCCAACAUUGUCAUCAGUGCACCAGAGUCCUUUGAAGAAGAAGAGUGGGCUGAGAUUUCAGUAGGUGCUCUGCAAUUCCAGGUUGUGGGUCCGUGUAGCAGAUGUCAAAUAAUCUGCAUCGAUCAACAGUCUGGGGAACGAAACAAAGAAUUUCUGCAGUCUCUGUCUGUUACCAGAGGUAAAAAGAUAAACUUUGGCAUAUACCUGAUGAACCAGCCCUUGCGCUCGUCCUUUCCACAUGUUUUAUCGGUUGGGUCUCAAGUACUUCCAGUGCUGAAGGAGAAUACAGAAAUUCAGCCCCCGACAUCCAGUGAAGAAAAAUGCUCAGGAUAG